AUGAUUACUGAUCAUAUAUAUUUUGGGUACGCAAGAGACCCAUUUGUCUACGGGUCAUUGGCGUUAGCCCUAGGUUUCGGAACUGUAUAUUAUUUCAAUAGGUUUAGCAUAUGGAAGACUAUUAGGACCCUGGGAAUAAAAUGCAUACACUCAAAGAAUAAGUUAUUUCAUACCGUUUUCGGACUAUUCUUGGUAUUCCUUAAUAUAUAUGUGUGGGUUUACUUAUCUUCCGGGAGUUUUACUACUCUAACAUAUUUAGGCUCGGACUUCCAUCAGUCACCAUUAACUCUGGCUAUCUUAGACUUAAAGUAUUCCAAGUUCAGUGUGCCAGGGUAUUCUUUCAUAGAAGAGAGAGUACAGUUUGAAUCCACGGAAGACUUUGAAUGUAAUGUUGUUCAAUUCAGUGAUGAAAUGUCCUCAAGCCCGGCAAUUGCUGUAGACGGUGAUUUAAGAAGAGUGAGAAACCAAGCAUUCCAAUUGGCGAACACUGAGUAUCCAAUAGCGAAGAACUGCUUUUUGGACAAAGAUGAUGAAUCUGAGGACGAGAUUCUUCUCAAAAAAUGGGCAAAAUUCUGUGGUAGUAGUGUUUGGUUAUCCAAAUAUGAAGUUCAUUUCUUUGUCAAUAGAAUAGUGUACGCGCAUGAAAACGCAAGAAGCAGGCCCACCAUCAGUCUCAUCGAUGUUCAAAUUUUUGAUCGCGAUUGGAAUGAACUACCUGACUUCAAGAUCCCACUAGCUGACGGGUCAGAGCUUAAUUUCCCGGGUCUUGUUAAGAUUGAUAUAGAUCAAAAUCCUAAGCACAAACUUUCUGUUAUGGGUCCUGAAGACCCUCGUGUUGUACUAAGGAAGUUCACUAACGAUAAAGGCGAGUUGGAAGAAGAACCAGUGAUUAUUUUCAACAUGCGUCGUACCGAAAUUAACUGGAAAAGAGCCAUGCAUUUCUAUAGACCCUUUAACGGUAAUGAUACUAUCAGAUUGUCGUUAAGAGAUUUAAAGCCAAGAUUUCGUGAGAAGAAUUGGGCCCCGUUCUUUGAUGAUAGUGAUCCUGAUAAUAUUUAUUUCAUAUACAAUUUUAAUCCCCUUCGUGUCAUAAAAUGUGGUCUUUCUGACGGUGUGUGUGAUAAGGUUACUGGACCUAGUUUCAUAGAUUCAAAAGCCGACGAAUCAAAGCAUGUCGGUGCAUUAAGAGGAGGAACCAAUCUCAUUCCAAUACCGUCCGACCUUUUACCAAAGCAUCUAUUUUUUAGAAGAUAUUGGUUCGGUAUUGCCAGAUCUCAUAAUAGUGAGUGUGGAUGUUUGAAGGAAAUUUAUAGACCGCACGCAUUUAUAAUAUCCAAAAAUUUGGAGACUGGUGAAUUUACAUUGGACUAUGUAAGCUCUUUGAUGGACUUCAACGUUAUUGCAGAACCAUGGUCCACGGGUCAAGGUAUAUGUAAAGAUGGGAAGAAUGUUUUGAUCCCGAACAGUAUUGCCUAUUGGGAUUAUGUUUUAAAAUCGGAUUCCACAGUUAAACAAGAUUUUAUGGGCAUCACUUUUUCGGAAGCUGAUAGAACAAAUAAAAUGGUCCAUGUAAAAGGAUUUUGGAGCCAUAUAUUGAAAGCUUUGAACAGUAAGGAAAAUGGUCAGGGAUCUCAGUCGAUAGCCAGAAUAAAAGAAUAUUACGCGGGAAAUAAUACUGAGCUCGAGAAUGAAUUGUUAGGAAGAUGUGCUACUUCUUUGGCCGAACAAUAUUGUGAAGACACUGCAAUUACUCAGAACUGGAUUGAUCAGAAUUAA